AGUGUCAUACGCAUGUUUUUUGUAACAACAUCUCAUAAUCGUUCGAGUGACAUAGAAGUGUCAAAAACAGUGGACUCUGUGUUCUCAAUCUCAGCUGACUCACUGAUCUUUGUUACGUUUAAUAAGUACUUAAAUACAACACUUGAACUGUUAUAACUUUAAAGUUUUUAAUGUCAUUCGAUUCAUAUGCUGAAGCAUGACCAACAUGGAUUAUUUAUUUUUAUUCGUCUUACUCGUUUCAUCUGAAAGUUUGGCUUUCCUGGUAGAAUCAGAUCCUGUGACCACUGCGGAAACUUUAACGGAUACAGGACACUGUGUUUGGUAUGGAGAAUGUGGACAGGGGUAUAAUCAGGGCAAACUGAACUGUCCUGCAAAUAGUACAACUAGGACUCCACCAAAACUGACAGAUCCGAAUGGACUACGAAUACUGAAAUCUUACUGCCCUAACCUGUAUCAUGGUGAUGAUAAUACUUACACUUGUUGUUCUGGAGAUCAACUACGUUCAUUUGAGGGUAACCUUGCCCUUCCUGAACAGUUGUUAUCUAGAUGUCCCGCAUGCUUCUUCAAUUUCCUUAACUCAAUCUGUCAGACAACCUGUUCUCCGCAACAGAGCAGAUUUAUGCGAGAGGACCCAAAGUCUCGAAAACCUGACCCAUCGAGUGCUGGAAUUGGUGGCAUAGAUGUAGUAAUCACCGAUAAAUACAUGCAGGAUUUGUUUGAUUCUUGUAAGGAAGUUCAGAUGCCAAGCACAAAUGAUAAAGCAUUGUCAGUGUUUUGCGGGCGUCUGGCAUCACAGUGCACUCCCCUGGUCUGGUUAAACUAUAUGGGAAAUACAGGAAAUGGACGGGCACCUUUCUCUAUAAAUUAUAUUGCAAGCAAUACACCGUGGCAUGCACCAGAUGGACAGAUACUGCAUCCUUUCAAUAAAACCAACAAGAAAUGUAACGAGACAGUUACAGGUAGCAGUAGCAAAAUCGGAACAGAGAAAUGUGGCUGUAAAGACUGUGCUGCUGAGACCUGUCCCCCGAUACCCAAACCAAAUGCUGAUACACGGAAAAAAUUCUUUGAAUCCAUGUUCGGGAAAGAUAACUACAGAACUGCAGAAAUUGUUAUAGAACGUGCAGACAGCAAAGCUCUUGUUAUUCACAGUAUGCCACCACCAUCAGUUUUGUCUAUCAACUUUACCUCACUCUUCGAUAAGAACUUUCUCAAACAGGUCCUGAAGCUACAAGAGGGAGUGGCAAAUAUAACUGCAGACAGUCAAUCGGAAACAGUGACCUUGGAUGAUAUAUGUAUGAAGUACAAUGGAGAAUGUGUGACAGAGAGUGUGAUGCAGUACUUUCAGAACAACGGAACUAAGCUUGAUGAAGUUGCCUAUGAUAAAUGGCAAAUUUUCCGACUUGCAGAUUAUCUGGACCAUUUUCUGUCUUGUGCAGGGGGUUCUGGAAAAAAGGAUACUACAGCACUGAACAUGUCCUGUGUCUCUGAGUUUGGAAACUUGACAGUACCCUAUAUAGUGUUGCAGGGAUACAAUGGUACAAACUACCAGAAUGCAACAUCUUUUGUCAUCACAUAUAUCCUGAAGAACACACCAGGGCAGGAUGUGCAGGCCUGGGAAAAUGCAUUUGUAAAAUAUUUGAAAUCUUACUCGAAUUCAAACAUGACGCUAACAUUCGCACCACAUGAUCAGGUUGCAAGACAGUUGGAUGAAGUUAUCCCCCCUGAAGACGAGUCUGACCCAGGUUACAGUGUAACAGUUGAGGAUGAGGAGGAGCUGGACGGACAUUGUGUAUGGUACGGUCAGUGUGGUACCGGCUGGAACCAGGGGGCGUUAAAUUGUCCAGUGACAAACAAGACCAGAAACUCUCCAUUUCUGACUGACCCUGAAGGUCUUAGAAUUUUGAAACGGUACUGCCCACAGUUUUACAAAGGUGACAAGAACACAAGAACUUGUUGUGAUUUGGCACAAUUAAAAGCAGUUGAAGGAAAUUUAGCUCUACCAGAUCAGUUACUGCAACGGUGCCCAGCUUGUUACAGUAACUUCCUUAACCAGAUAUGUCAGAUGACGUGUAGCCCUGUACAGAGCAAGUUUCUAUAUGCAAACAUGAAUGCCAGUUGUCCUGGUGGUGAUCCAGCACACGGUCCUUGUACAGGCGGUGGUAUUCCAGCAGUAAAUUAUGUCAUGACAGAUGAGUAUGCCAAUACAUUGUACGAGUCGUGUAAAGAUGUACAGAUGCCAAGCGCUAAUGACAAAGCUAUGUCAGUGUUUUGUGGCCGGAAGGCAGAAGACUGUGAUCCAAAGAUUUGGCUGUCAUACAUGGGAAAUACUGGAAAUGGGAGAGCUCCUUUCCCUAUCAAUUAUAACUAUACAAACGCUACUUUGGUGAAUCCUUACACACAUGAAACUAUGUAUCCAUUGAAUUACACAAAUUUACGUUGUAACUUGACGUAUGCGAAUGUCAGCGAUGCUUGUUCUUGUCAGGACUGCCAGUCCAGCUGUGCCGCUGUCCCGCCACCUCCGCCAAAGGCAAAACCGUUCACAAUUCUUGGAAUAGAUGGUGCCUCGUUCAUUGUUGGAUGUGUAUUUAUAGCCUUUGUAAUUUUCUUUGGAACAUAUGUCAUCUGCUUCAGUAUACUGAAGAAGGACUCACUUGGUAUUGGUAAAGAGAGUACUUACAAUUUUGAAAACUGCUCCAAUGCUGGAAGUCAUCAGAAUCUUUUAAAUCGACAAGUGUCACCAGCUGAAAUAGGAACUCUAGAAAAACUGGGGUUACGCGUAGAGGAACUUUUAAAGGCUGGUUUUACAUCAUGGGGAAGAUUAUGCGCCAGAUAUCCACUGAUUGUCUUAUUAGUAACAAUAAUAAUUUUCGGUUCCCUUGCUGGAGGAAUAGCUCGUUAUGACGUAACAACUGAUCCUGUCAAACUUUGGUCUUCACCUGAAAGUACUGCUAGAACACAGAAAGCGUACUUCGAUAAACACUUUGGACCAUUUUAUCGGACAGAGCAGUUGAUAAUCACACGGCCAGACAAGACACCAGUCAUACACCAGUACCCGCCACCAUCUGUCAGUACAAUAAAGUUCAGCUCCAUGUUUGAUAAAGAAUUUAUGCACCAGGUUCUAGAUCUACAGACAGAAGUGGAGCAGCUAAGAGCUAAGUUUGACAAUGGAACUGUAGGACUUGAAGACAUCUGCUUUAAACCCCUCAGUCCGGACAACAACAACUGCACAAUAGAAAGUGUGCUACAGUUCUGGCAGAACAAUCGUACAAACCUUGAUAAAGUAGCUUACGACAAAUGGGGAAUUUUUAUUAUGGCAGACUAUCUUGACCACUUUUUAAAAUGUGCUCAAGCCCCAGCAUCAGUGUCGGACACAACUGAUCUAGAAAUGACCUGUCUUGGUGCCUAUGGUGGUCCGGCGUUCCCUUGGGUUGUUCUCGGAGGAUAUGAUGAACUGAACUAUCAAAAUGCAACAGCAUUUGUUAUCACUUUUGUUGUCAAUAAUCAUGUGAAUGAAGAGGAUAACAGGAAGGCUGAGGCAUGGGAGGCGGAGUUUAUCAAGUUUAUCAAAAACUACAAAAAUCCAAAUAUGACUAUUUCCUUCUCCGCUGAGAGAUCAAUUCAAGAUGAACUGGACCGUGAGAGUAGAUCAGAUGUGUGGACUAUUGUACUGAGUUACUUAAUCAUGUUUGGAUACAUAACCAUAGCACUGGGUCAGUUCCAUGGCCUUGACACAAUCCUCAUUGAUUCAAAAGUGACAUUGGGACUGAGCGGUGUAACAAUAGUUUUAUUAUCUGUGGCUUCAUCCGUUGGUUUCUAUAGUUACUGUGGAGUUCCAAUGACCUUGAUUAUUAUAGAGGUUGUACCGUUCCUUGUGCUGGCUGUCGGCGUAGACAACAUCUUUAUACUUGUGCAGACUUACCAGAGAGAUGAACGCAAGACAGGCGAGACACUGGAGGAUCAAGUUGGACGUGUUCUUGGAAUUGUGGGACCCAGCAUGCUUCUAACGAGUUUCUCCGAGUCUAUAGCAUUCUUUCUUGGUGCGUGGACUGACAUGCCAGCCGUUAGAGAGUUUGCCCUGUAUGCUGCCAUGGCCGUCUUCUUUGACUUUAUUCUACAAAUCACAUGCUUCGUCAGCCUCAUGACGAUAGAUGCUAGAAGACAAGAGGCGAACCAUUUUGAUAUAUGCUGCUGUAUAAGUAUACGCAAGAAGGAAAAACAGGAGAAACAAGAAGGCUAUCUCUACUGGCUCGUCAAAAAUUACUAUUCUCAUGCUGUCCUUUGUGACUGGGUCAGACCUAUUGUGAUUGUUACAUUUGUUGGUUGGUUUUUGGCUAGUGUAGCAUUUGCCUGUCAUUUGACAAUAGGACUGGAUCAGGCACUCUCUAUGCCAAAGGAUUCCUAUGUUCUUGACUAUUUCCAUAAUUUGUCAGCCUACCUUUCUGUUGGAGCUCCAGUUUACUUUGUUGUGCCUGCAGGACAUAAUUAUCUUAGUAAAGCAGGCCAGAACGCAUUGUGCGGAGGAAAGGGCUGUCCACAAGAUUCGCUCAUUGGUCAAGUGUUCAGACAGUCGCAGCUUGCUAAUUAUUCCACCAUAGCCCAACCAGCCUCUUCCUGGAUUGAUGAUUAUUUUGAUUGGAUAAAUUCAGCAGGAAAUCCACCAUGUUGUAGAGUGUAUGAAAAUGGUUCAUUCUGCCCAGCAACAUCCUCUGAUAACUGCAGUGCCUGCCCAUUCCAGCCGCAGGUUUCUGGUCGACCAUCACCGCAUGACUUCAUGCAUUAUCUACCAAUGUUUCUUGUAGAUAACCCUGGUCUAAAAUGUGCUAAAGGUGGACAUGCAGCAUAUGGGGCGGGUGUGAAUUUAGUGAAAAAUAAAACACAAGUUGGAGCAACAUAUUUUAUGACGUACCAUACACCCAUGAAAACAUCUGGGGACUACAUCAGGGGUUUGAAGGAAGCACGUAAAAUUGCCAAGAAUAUUUCUGUUGCUAUGGGAGCCAAGACAGAGGCUGAAGAAGUAUUUCCAUACAGUGUUUUCUAUGUAUUCUAUGAACAAUACCUAACAAUUGUCAACAACACGCUGAAGAACAUUGGAAUAUGUAUGGCAGCCAUCUUUGUUGCGACGUUUAUUCUGCUUGGAUUUGACUUUAUGACGGCAGUGGUGGUGUUUGUGACUAUAUCAAUGAUUAUCAUAGACAUCAUGGGAAUGAUGUACUUGUGGGAUAUCACCCUAAAUGCCCUCUCUCUCGUAAACUUAGUCAUGGCCAUUGGUAUAUCAGUGGAGUUUUGUUCACACAUAGCAAGAGCCUUUGCAGUUAGUAUACAACCUGAUAGAGUCCAACGUGCCAAAGAUGCAUUAGCUCACAUGGGCAGCUCAGUGUUAAGUGGUAUAACACUGACAAAGUUAGGUGGAAUAAUUGUAUUAGCGUUUGCCAAGUCACAGCUGUUUGAGAUGUUCUAUUUCCGCAUGUAUCUCGGAAUGGUUGUGUUUGGAGUUACCCAUGGCCUUAUAUUCUUGCCAGUUUUACUUAGUUAUAUUGGUCCAGGUAUUAACAAAGCCAAGUUAUAUCAACACCAACAGAAAGAAAUAAAAGAGUCAUCUAGAAAAUACCACACAAGUGAAAGUAAUGAUGCACAAAUAAACAGUCGAGAGAGAUAUAGACAUGUAGAUAGUGAUGAACCACCACAAUAUUCAAACGCGUUGUAGAGAUAGUAUACUUAUGUGCACAGUUUUGCUGGUUUAAUGACACGAGAUAGUGUUCAGUGCAUUUGCCAGACAGUUAAAUUACAAGUGCUUCGUAAAGAUGGUACAUUCAUUAGCUUUGACCAUGAUCCAUUAAAAUGUUUUAAAACAGAAAAUUCAUAUACAGUGAGGCCUGAGCUAAUGACCACAUGGGAACAUACAGUUGCUAGCUCAUAAAUUGUUACAUUCCUAAUUUAAACAUUUGAAGUGCAUUUAAACCUGCUUACAAAAACCAGUUUUUGUCCCCAGCACCAGCGUAGUGUGUAGAUAAAGUUUUGACUGUGCUAAGGCAAAAUGUGCAAGAAUAUUUACUUGUAAGCCAAUAUAACAGCUUUCUGUUUUUGUUUGCAUUUGACAUGGUUGUAAAAGCUCUGACUUGAUUUUGGUGAAAAAUAUGUUGCUUGAUUUUACUUUAAUGAUAUGUUAUUACUACCUGACAAACAUAUGCUCAUGUCUAGCAGUAACAGAGACUAUCUGUCUCAAAUGAUUUCUUUACAAGUUUAAUAUUUAAAAGGAAAGGCAAUGCUGUUUUAGUUUUAAUUCCAUCUGAAGGGUCUAAAAUCAUUUUGAAAUAAUAUCAUUAACACACUAAAUGACUGCCUCCAAGAUUAACCAUUUUCUUACAUUUCAAAAUGCCAUAUCUUUCUCAGCAUUGGUCCCACUUUAAAAAUUCCUUCAGUGUUAUGAAUAGCUAGACAUUGGCACCUGUUGUUUAUAAAAAGAUACCUUUUGAUCAUGUGAAAGUUAAGAGAUUAUAUUAGUAUGUCUUUUGUUUUGUUCUGGAACAAGCUAAUAUGGCAGAUAUUUUAUACUGUUUAAAAUGUACCUGUCUACUUUCUGAGAUUGUGAUAUUUUUGUAUUUUUGAAUUGAAGUAAUUUUUGUUGAUUUUUAACUGUUUGUUCAAUCUCCUGGCAGCUGGUGCCUCCAUUAGCAGUACAUUAAUCACUUCCAUCACAAAUGUCUCAUGACAGUGAAAUCAGAUGAUGAUUACAAGAAGUUUAAAUUUUGACUUUUCAUUUAAAACUUUUGUCAGAUUUAUAUCUACACUUAACAUGAUUUCUCUGGAAAAAAUAGUCACAGAAAUGUAAAGAACUAAACUCUAAAAUCUCAUUAUUAAAAUAUUGAUUCAUGAAAACUCUGCUGAAAUGUUUGUGGUGGCAGAGGUAGCUUUACUAUAAUGGGAGGUAGCUCUACAGGAGAUUGGUAUUUGAUUUUGCAAAAUAUAACUUGUUGUUUGUUCUUCCAGGUUCUUAUCCAGCUUUUGUUGAUUAGUGAAUCAUUUUUCAGUGCUGUCCAUUCAGUGCCUCAUGAUUUUUAAAUGUUUGAGAUACAUUGGUACUUAAAGAAAAUCAUUAUGCAUAUUCAUAUGGGAAAAUGAGGUCUUUCACCACCAUAGAAGUUGAAAAGUCAAUAUACAUGUAUAUUCAUAGCCUUUAGUGCAAGUAAAUGAAUAAAUUAGACUUGAUAAAAACUUAAAGAUUAUGCUUAUUUUCUUUGACACUUUCGUAGAAAAGGAGUGACAAGCAACACACUAUAUUUUGUCAAAUUAUUGUUGUGCAAAGUUUAUAGUUGAAAUAGAAGUGUACAAUUAACUAGUAACUUUCAACCAACAAUUUAUUGUGCUCACUAAAAUGUGCUGACUUUGUAUUUAUACCUUUUGUUGUAUAAUUGACUAUUUUCGUUUUGUAUUCGUUCUCGUUUAAUUUUUUUUACUGUUUGAUGAAUGGUUUAAAGUCUGUAUGUUGCAUCAUUUGAAUGAAAUGAAAAAUAUGUGUAUGUGUUAUAAGCUAUGCUGUGCAUAGUUGUUCAAAAGAUGCUUUAUAUAUGUAAAAUUUGCUAUGUGUACAAUAUAUAUCUAAGUGUAUGUGGAUUAUAAACAAAGAUAAAUGUUUAAUUUUAUUAUUAUCAAUACUGACCUUCCUGCUGAAAAUGUUUGUUUUCUGUAAGUUUGUGCAUGUUCAUCAUAUUUUCUAUAUGGUGGGCAAAGCUGAAAAUAUUUUGCAGAAAUGAUUACCUCAGCGACAUGUAAGAUCUGGACCAGUAAUUUAGAGGUCAAUGACACAACUUAGAUUCAGAGAUCCUUUUCCUGGCUGGUCAAGUGCUCUUCCAAAUGAUACAAAAUAGUUGGGACGAAUGUGUUCAAUAUCAGAGAGUGAUAUAACUUAUGUACUACCAAGGGGAGUAGCUCAAAGGUCAAGGUUCCAAGUCAGAAUUGAAAACUGAUUGAAUCUAUUUCAUAACCAGUCCUUAAAUGUGCCGCGCCAUGAGAAAAUCAACAUAGUGGCUUUGCGACCAGCAUGGAUCCAGACUAGCCUUCGCAUCCAUGCAGUCUGGUCAGGAUCCAUGCUGUUUGCUUUCAAAGCCUAUUGGAAUUAGAGAAACUGUUAGCGAACAGCAUGGAUCCUGACCAGACUGCGCGGAUGUGCAGGCUGGUCUAGAUUCAUGCUGGUCGCAAAGCCACUAUGUUGGUUUUCUCAUGGCACGGCUCAAAUGUGCCCUAAGGAAUAACUUUGUAUUGAUGUUCAGCAUUGUCAGAUCAUAUUGAUAGUAUAGUAAACCCAAGCACGCAGCUUUGGCUUGAAUUUAGCUGUUUUGAACGGUUUGUUUUGCACAAUAUUUUCAGUUAUGAGACACACUAUUGUAUACAAGACCAUUGACAGUUCUGUACAUUCCUUACCCAUUUCUUGUUGACAAAUGACAGGCCCAACAUUUUGCCAUUUAGCAUCACACAAAUAUUUUAUUACUAUAUCCUUUUGAUACAUUGUAAGUGGGUUUCCAUGAAGAAUAAUUUUACCAGUAAAUGUUAUAAAAACAACACAUUGAUUUGUCUGUUGAAGCAUGUACAGUUGUAUACAUACUCAUAGGUUGUUUAUUUUAGAACUUGUUGUUUGGAAUAUUGUUUUUUCAACUUAGAACUUGUGCAAUUCCACUUAAAGAACACUUAGCAUAAUUUCUGUACUGUAUAAUUAAUCAUUUUUCAAGUACUGCUGUAGUGUUCCUCGCAGCUCUAUUUAAGUAUAGUUGUAAUGAAUUUCUCACGUUAAACAUUUUGUUCUUGUUAAUACUUGUGAGGCAAGGUUUGAACCAUUCAGAGUAGAUUAGAAAUAAUGGCGCUGAUAUAAUUUUCACUACCUUUCGCAAUUCAUGUAGAUACUGAAAGAGAAUUCUUAGCAAUAGUCACAUAAGUUUCUAUUUGUUUCCUACCCUUUGUACUGAAAAAAGCCAUAUUUUAUCAACAGCCUGCUCAAAAUACGUUACUAUUUUGUAGAUUUCUUUCUUGAAUUCAAAACAUCAAGUGCAGGUCUCUUUAUGUUAGAAUAGUGAAACUAGGAGAAAAAGAAAUUCUGUUGUGGAAUGUUGGUUUAUUAGUGUCUUGGAUACCAUUAGUAAGAUUAUAAAUGAUGCAAACUGUCUCGGCCAUGAUCUUACUGCAACAAUUACAAAAAAAAAUCAUGAGCUAAUUUAAGUUGAUUCUUUAAUUGUAACAAUGAAAGAUAAAAUAACAGGUGUGUCUUAGUUUUGAGAUGUGUGGAAGUAUUUAAAGUGAGUUUGAACAUUUUUAAUUUCAAUCUAAUCUGCCAGUAGUGCUUGUUAUAUUUUUAUUUGUUUGGAAAUCCACCAAUGCCAAUGUAAUUUUUACUUAAUGAAUCUGUUACAUUUCUUAUUUUGAUGUUCAUAUGUUAUGUCAGCCUUUUGGUUUUAAAAUCAAGGAUGUUUAAUAAUAAACAAUUCUGUUCA